AUGCAAUUUUUCAUUUCUUCAGAAGCUAGGAUCUCGAUGUCGCAAGGCUUAUGCUACGGAUUAGCGUAUCGUACAUCAAGCCAUCAGGAAUCUUGUAACGAUUUUUUGAGGCCAUUCCAUACAUCACUGGCCACAAAACUGGGUCUUACAUCGCAUACAAACUCAAUACGCUUCGUGAUAUCAUUCUCGAUGAGUGGACUCGCGAUAGCUCAUACCGUUACCUCCGCUGCUCUUGCUUACUAUAAUGCCAGUGAAAAUAGCUAUUUGAUCCGUUCAUAUCACGGUCAGCUUGUGAUAAGCAUAAUUAUGUUUCCUGCUGCACUGCUGCAUCGCUUCUACUGUUGUACAUAUUUUUAUCUAUGGCCCGCUGUUCUUGUUGCUUUUUAUGGUGCUUUCCAGUCCGCAAUCACUUGGAAAUAUCAGUGUCGAGGUAAAUUUGUUCGACUAGCGAAUGUAUUUGGUUCGGCCGCUGCAAUGGCUCUGGUUGCUGCUGCAUCGUUCGGUUUAUUUUGCACUUUUGUAAGGGUCAUCGACUUCCGCUCGCCAUACAGCGAUUGGUUACGGGAGUAUGUGACUGCCGAAACGAGUGCUAUUCAAAUUUUUACGAAUCUCUGGAUCUGCUUUUGCGCCUUUGCCCUCUUCUUUUUUUCACUGAAAUCUGCUUUUACAACUGAAAUUAUGCCGAGUCUACUGUCCCCAGAAUGA